AUGAGCUCUUUGUGGCUUGCUUCUGUCAUGGACGUUCAGUUUAUCGUCAAAGUGGACGAUGACGUAUAUUUUCACGUUCCUAAGAUGAUUUGGUGGCUGAAAACGUCUUCUAUACCCGAAAAGCUAUAUGCUGGCGCUGUAAUAAACGGGGGAAUAGUUAUUAGAAAUCCAAAGCAUAAAUGGUUCGUUAGUGAACAAUUUCUGAACGACACUUUGUUCCCUCCAUACUAUAACGGGCCCUUUUAUAUUGUAGCUAAAAGCACUCUUCUCGAAUUACUUAAGGUGUCCUCAAAUGAAGGCCUGACACCUUUUCCUUUAGAAGACGCCUAUAUAGGAAUAUUGGCAAAAAGAGUUGGAAUCGCGCCUUUACAGCUUAACGGAAAACAUGUCCUCAUUGUCGGGCCAUGGAAGAGAAUUAAUUGGGAAGGUAAAAAACUUAACGAUUUCUUCGCAUUGGGACAUGCCUUGUCUAUUGAACGAAUGUUCAAACUUCAUGCAAGGUUCACUAACUAA